UGAACUCCCCAAAAAGGCCAACCAAGUUUUGGUCACUAAGGACGGGAAUACCAUAUUAGUUGCAGAUAAGUUUGGCGAUGCGCCAAAGUCGGAUCGGGCAGAGGCAACGCCGAAAUACGCACUAAAUACUCUAGAAGGUCGCAAGUCCACAAAUUCGCACCCGAAUCCAUCCCAAGGAAACCUUGUUCUGGGACAUACGUCUAGCUUGACAGCAAUGUCACUCACCUUGGAUGAGAAAUUCAUCUUGACGGCGGAUCGAGACGAACACAUCCGGCUACCGAACCAUACACCUGGUAUACUGAUAUCUGGUGGAGGUGAUAGAAACAUCUUCUUUUGGGACUACCUUGCUGGUACUGUUCUGAAUCAAAUCAGCAUAUGGGACGUCGUAUAUCCAUCUAUGAAGGUCUUUAGUCAACGAAGAAAGUUCCAAAAGCUUGAAGCAAAGGUAGGAACCGGUUGGAGAGCACGAAAACGAAAAGAAAAGGAAGCACGGGAAGAGAGGGAAAGGCUAGAACGUGAGGGAAGAAAGAAGGCAAAAAUGGAAGGUUCAGUGUCAACUCCCGAUGAAAAUGCCUCUCGCAACAAUCAGGACGCUACGGGAAGCGAGAUAGGAGACCCCAGUACUGCGAGAAUACCUCCUGGCGAGCUACAGAAAGAUGAGAAACAGGAAGACGGUGAGGAAGGCGACAUGAUGGCCGUCGAUACCGUCCAGGGUGGGAUGGCGGUUAGCAGGCAGCGGUCUCAACUGCCCUCCUUAGACGAUGUUAUUGUGAUCUCAAAGAUUGAAACUUUACAAUUUGGUCUGGAAUAUCUAUUGGUUUUCACCGCUGUAGGGUGA